GUUGACCAUUAGCCCACUUGCUGCUUGCAGAUGUUGGUUCCGGUUUUUAGAAAACGGGCAAAGUGUAUGAUUUUCCUGAUUGGUGAGACGGGCUGUAUACGAAUUACUUGUGUGCGAACUUUAGGUCAGUGCCCAAGGUAGUUUUUGAAAAUCAAGAACUUAAUGCACACAAUGAAGAGAAUUCUAUGCUGGGGAAGAUGUUGGUUCCAUCCUGGGUUAGUCAAGAAUUCGCCUCGAAGAAGGGCAUCAACCACUUCUUCACAAUGGCAGAAUACCCAGCAAGUGUCAGAAAAUUAUAUGGAUCAUGUGACUAGCCCAGUGGAACAGUUGGAUCCCUUGAUAUCGCCAGUUUGGUCCUGCAAUGAAUGGGACCCGUUGAAGGAGGUGAUUGUUGGACGACCAGAAAAUGCCACUGUGCCAAAAUUUACAAUUGAAGUAAAAGCAAAUACCAAUGAGAAGCAUUGGCCAUUCUACGAACAACAUGGUGGUCGUCCUUUCCCUAGCGAGUUUAUCGAGCGUGCAACCAAGGAGAUUAAUGAAUUUUGUCAUAUUCUGGAACAAGAGGGCGUGAAGGUGCGCCAACCUGAUGUGGUAGAUUUUGGAUCUGAAUACGAGACACCAGAUUUUCAAUCUCGUGGUUUAUACGCUGCAAUGCCUCGAGACAUCCUGUUGGUCAUUGGGGACGAGAUUAUCGAAGCACCAAUGGCGUGGAGAUCGCGCUUCUUUGAAUACCGCGCUUACCGUAGUCUGAUGAAGGAGUAUUUUCUCAACGGCGCAAAAUGGACAACUGCACCGAAGCCAACUAUGUCGGAUCAAUUAUAUGAUCAGAAAUACCCUAUUUCUUCAGUCACUGAGCGCAACAAACUUGCUGCCAGUGACAGAUUUGUGACAACAGAGUUUGAGCCAUGUUUUGACGCUGCUGAUUUUAUCCGCGCUGGCCGUGAUAUCUUUGUCCAGAGGAGUCAGGUGACGAAUAACAUGGGCAUAAACUGGGUAGAGCGCCACCUAUCCCCAAAAGGAAUACGCAUCCAUCGUCUGAAAUUCCAAGAUCCCAAUCCGAUGCAUAUUGACGCGACAUUCAACAUCAUUGGUCCCGGCCUUGUCAUCGUGAAUCCUGAUCGCCGAUGUGUUCAAUGGGACAUGUUUGAAAAGGCGGGAUGGAAGUUGAUUGAAGCACCUAGGCCUGUCAUGGGGGACGACCAUCCCUUGUGGAUGUCGUCAAAAUGGCUGUCAAUGAACAUCCUCAUGCUGGACGAGAAACGUGUCGUCGUUGAUGCAGAGGAGAUACCGACACAGAAGAUGUUCGAGAGUCUUGGAAUCAAGUGUAUCAAGCUAAGCAUCAAACAUGCCAAUUCAUUCGGCGGAGGUUUUCAUUGCUGGACUGCGGAUGUUCGUAGGCAAGGGAUGAUGGAGUCCUACUUUAAUCUGGAGUAGAUUCAGUCCCGACUUUGUGUUCAGAUGUUAAUGAGAUUGCCCAAAUAGUUUGGUGAUAUUCGAAACAGAGUGAUUUAAAUCACAGCCUCCGGUUCAAAUGACCAUUAAAAAAGUCACUGUA